AUGUUGAAUCCGUUCGUGUCCCUUUUUGUACUGCAUCUCUUCAUUCUGAGUUUGACUGUGUCUGGAAGGGGAAUGUUUCAUAAAAACCGUUUACAGAAAACUUCGUGUUCUGAAGAGCCGAAAAACUCUCCUGAAACGAAGGGUCCAAAGAAGCACUUUUCGAGUCUAAUUCAAGGAGGAUGUAAGUUAAACGAUGUAUUUCCUCUUGCUCGAUUUUUCUGAAUGUAUCCAGUCAGUCACUAGUUCGAUGAGGAAACGUUGUCAUAAACUUGCAGGUUUCUGAAAUGAUCGAUAAACUUAAAAAUCUAAUGGUUUAUUUGCUCUCAGCUCACAACGUUACGAGGAUCACAAUUUUACGAAGGAAGGCAGACGUUUGCAAUCAUGUUUUCUUGCAGGAAAUGAAUAGAGUACAGACAAUUUAUCUUCAAUACUUAUAGCGACUUGAUCUGCAUAAUCCCUAAGCCCAAAGACCGAAAAAGAAAAGUCUUGUGAUGAAAAUUCCAUCAUUUCACUUUCAUCUUGUUUUAGCAGCUGAAAAGCACAAUGAAGUCCAAAUUGAACCAUUUUCAAGCAAGGAAACAGAACGCAAACUUCUUCCAGAGAAGAAAAAAGAUGAAGCUGAUGCUUGCCGAAGGGUGCCGAUGUAUGUGAGCUUUUCGAAUCUUCAGAAUAGUACCCUAUUUGAUCUAGUCAUUGCACCUUCGGGGUUCAAUGCUUUUAAGUGUGUGGGGAAGUGCAUCAGUGGGGAAGCUAACAAUUAUUCACUGAUGAUGGCAAUCCUGAACUCAAAGAACAAGAGUUACCCAACUGAUGGUAGCAGGUCCUGUUGUGUCCCAAUAAAGUGGCGAUCAGUCUCUUUAUUGGUGUUUCAGCAGGAGAAGGUUUUAUUGAGGAAAUUUGAUAAUAUGAUUGUUCAGGAAUGCGGGUGUAUUUGA